AUGUCAGAGAGGAAGCUACAAAGAAAAGAAGUUCAGAAACGUUAUUACAAUCCAGAUGUCAAAGAAGUUCCCUGCCUCAUUAAAGGCGAUGUUGUACGCAUUAACCCGCAAGCCUCUGAUGCAAAGCAGAGAUGGACCAAGAAAAAAGUUGAACAACAAGUAGAUGUCAGAUCCUACGCUGUUAGAACAGAAGAUGGCAGGUUGUUCCGAAGAAACCGGAGACAUCUUCGACAGUCAAAGGAACCGUUCAUGCCUAAAGAUGCGGAUGUUGAAAUUCCAAGUCCAAUUCUGAACAGUCCACCAACCACAGCCAGCACAGAAACCGUAUCAGGAGAGAACAGUGCAGGAUGCCCUACAGCACUGUCCAGAAAGCGACCAGAGUCAGGACCACCAGCUACCUGUCCAGCCCCAUUGGCUGAGUGCCAAAAGAGCAAUGCAGUCACACGCAGCGGACGCUCUAUUCGCCCCCCUGGCUACUUAAAAGAC